AUGACUUCAGAUAUACGGGGAGACGAUCAGGUUAAUGAUCUAGUUCAAAACUUACGGAAACAGUUGUUGAAAGGAAACCAAGAUUAUACUAAGAAAUACAAUGAAAUACAAAAUAUACAAAUGAGAAGCAACAUGAAUCAAAACAGAGUUCCAGAUGAAAAUAAAAUAAAUAAAUCAUUGGACAUUACAAAAACUGAAAGUACAUAUGUAGGAGGUGUUCGUAGUAAAUAUAUAAAAGGAAGAAUCAGUGUUGCUCCGAAGAAAAUUAUUGACGAAAGUAUUAAUUCAUAUGAAAGACCAGAUAACACAUACAGUAAGCCUCUUGAACACCCUGUAGAUGUCAAGGACUUGUUGUAUUAUAUGGACGAGGAGAAAAUACUGAAAGAUAAGUUAGGUCCAGAAACGAGGAACAUGGCUUUCAGAAGAAGUAUGUUUGAUGGAGAUGUGAAUAAAAAUGAAACAGAGAAAAAAUAUAAAAUCUUAAAGGUGAGAAAUCAAUUCCGGAGAAAAGAACCGCGUCGAUUGGUUCAAGAAGAAGGCGGUGAAGGUAUUGUGGUGAUGGCUCUAGACGGUGAACCUCUGCCAGAGUUCCGUCUGCCGAAAUCCAGGAGACAAUACAAGCACGAGCGAGGCUUGGAGGUGACUGAUGAAGAGGAACUGCCUCCACCACCGGUUCAUAGCGAGGAAGUUUGA